UGAUAGUAGCUGAAUAAAGAAAGGUGGUGCUGACAUUAUGUCAUGUUGUAGCUUCUGCAACUAAAAAUUUCUGUACAACAUUUAUAAUUUUGUUACUUUUUUAUGAAGUUAGUUUGGCAGAUGAGAUGUCUAAUAUGUCCACUGAAAUCUGAGAACACUGUAAAACAAAGGCAGUUGUUCGCGUUAGCUUUUGCGAAAAAAUUUUAACCAGUCGAUGUUUAUGUUCAUUUUUUGUCUGAGAGUGGUCACAGACAAUUUUUUACAGAUGCGCUUUUCCAUUGUGGAAUUUACUGAAGAGAAAACAGUAGCUGUUGUGCCCAACAUAUGGAUUGUUGGUGGCAAAUGCUAUUGGCCACCAGGACCUGGCUGCAAAAUGGCGACUGUUCAAAAAGCAAAAGCCCCCAACAAAGACUGGAAAAUGUACAGCAUUGUGGUGAAAACUACCUACAGCACAUAUCAAGAGGCUCGUAGAAAUCUGGAUCAAGCUCAGUACUCUGAUGUUGAAUCUGAGCACCUUCAGAAACGGAAGGUGUCAAAGCCAAGUCGUUACAUCAGCGAUGAUGAAGUGCCUACUUUUCAUUCACGCCUCACUGGUUCAAAUGGACCGUCCACAGAUGAACGAAUGGAGAACACUUGUGCAAAUGCUUGCGACGAAUUUCACGAAGGAGGAAACCAGUUGCAAGAGGUUGGCAACCAACAGAAAGGACAGAUGUCAAAGCCAAGCCACACCUUCAAUGCUCUUUUGAAACCCCCCAGCAGCUUCCCUGGCCCAUCUGGUUCAACACACAGAGACUGCGACACUCCGGCAGAAAACACUGAAGAUCUUUCAAGUGACUCUGACGAAUCGGAAGAUGGUUGUGAGAUGCUGGAUGGCCAGGAGACUGAAACUGGCAUGCGUGACUCUGGUAAACUGUGA